GUGUGGGAACCCUUUCCCACCCCAUUCUGUUUGGCGUUCGCCGGCCUGGAAAGUCUUUUUGUAAAGGAGGGUUGAUUGAGUGCAGAGGCCGUGGCCUUGCGCGCCACUCAGCAUCGCCAGAUGCUCUUUCAUCUCUGGCUCUCGCAUCCCUCGAGCCAAGUGCAUGCUUGCGUACUCUAUGUCUCUGCCUGCUCAACUGCCUCUGACCUUCCCUUUCCCCGGCUAUGUCAGCCCCUUCCUCUUCUCAUCUUGAUCCUCUAUUCCUCCAUCCUGUUUUGGUACCUCGGUCCCGCGAGUCUUGAUCCUUCUUGCCUUUCCAAUGCCAGCGUCGGAUCCCGUGGACGUGAUUCUGUGGCUGGCAACCGGCUUUGGUUCAUCAUCUCUGCGAGCACCUUCCCACUUCCUUGGUCGGUUACAUCAGUGCAUAGACCCAGCCGGCUGGUCAUCACUGUGUCACACAAGAACUUUGUUUCAAACGAUGCUCAUUUGUCUCGUCCUGUCUCCCUGCUAAGGAAAGGCUGCUGGCGACUUCUCCAUCCCUAAGCGACUGCUCCUGAAGCCGAAUAUCCAACGUCUUUCUAUGCGAUGUCCCUGUCGGAUCUUCCCUGGAACCAUUUCGACCCUAUCAACCACUUUCCCACUGGACAGGAUUCAACUUCCGGCUUCUAUCCUCAACACCCUCAUUCAUCCGCAUUCUUCGAUCACGGAUACUCGCAACUUUCAAACGCCCUUUAUCAUCCAGGCAACAACUUUUUC